GCGCGGCUGCCUGUGUGUUGUCCGUUGGUUGCGGGCUCGCGCCGCCAUGGUGGAGGGACCGGGCUGCGCGCUGAACGGGGAGCGGCUCCGUGGCCGCGUGAGGACCGGGCAGCGGGUGCGAGCGAUUACUCGGCCAAAUGGGCAGUCUGGUGCCGAUCACAAUGCAAUCCAGAUGCUGGAAGGCAAAGUAUACACAAGUGUGAAGACAUUAGGAAAGGAACUUUUCAUGUAUUUUGGACAAACUGCAUUAAGGAUACAUUUUGGAAUGAAUGGUUCGAUGCAAAUCAAUUCAUCCGAAAGAAAGCGCAGCAGUGGAGUGGCAGGAAGUUUGCAAAUUCAGCUAACCAAUGAUUUGAUAUGUUUCUUUGAAUCCACGUUCAAUAUCAGGAGUACCUCUGAAUGUGAGGAGAAAGUAAAACUAAUGGAGGAGCUGGAUGUCUGCUCGGCAAAGUUCAGUCAUCCUCGAGCAGAGGAGGAGGUGAAGCGACAUGGUGCUCACAUGUUGUGUGAUGUGCUGUUGGACCAGUCCGUGCUGCCAGGAGUGGGAAAUAUCAUCAAAAACGAAGCAAUGUUUGACAGUUAUCUCCAUCCGGCUGUAAAGAUUUGCCAAUUAUCCACUGAACAAAUACAUCACCUUAUAAGAAUGACUCGAGACUUCACCAUUUUGUUUUAUAAGUGUCAGAAGAUUGGGUCAGCCUUGUACAAACAUUUCAGAGUUUACAAGCGCUCCACGUGCAGACAGUGCCGUGGUAAAAUCAUUGUCUGCCGCCUUGGUGAGAAUAAUCGAAUGACAUAUUUCUGCUCGCACUGCCAGAAGGAAAAUCCCAGCCAGGUCAACAUCAGUAAUUUCCCUCAAGGGAAUAGCCUGGUCACUUGGGCACAGAACUCUCCAGGUCAGUCUACUGAUACCAUUGCCAAACAAGAAGAGGAAGAAUGGACGUGUCAGCUUUGUACGCUAAUCAAUGCACCAGCAGCCAAGUCAUGUGAUGCCUGUUUAACACAGAGGCCUGCCAAGACAGCAUCACCUCAGAAGUUUGGUUUUGAUACGAAUCUCAUAAAGUACCAAUGUAACAACUUUGGUAAACCCCUCGUGGAAUUGAAGCUCAAUCGCAGAGCAGCGUUUGGUGUGACGACACUGGUCCUGACAUCACUAAGGAGCUCCCAGAAGAGUCCUGCGUCCUGUUCCUCUGCAGGAAAUGAAGUGAAAGGGAACACGUUAUCACCAGAUGGGAAUCCUACAUUUCUAGCCGUGGUUGAGAAUUGCUCUGCAAAUACGUUGAAUUCAAACCAUCAGAUAAAAAGUAGUUGUAAUAAAUUUGCCAAUCAGGCGACUGGCAAUUCAACGUCAUCUAGUUAUACCGACCGUUCAUUUUGUCAGCCUCCCAAAAGAAUGAAGAAGGACCAUCAUUUCAGCACAAAUUCUGCAGUUUCUGACUUCAGGCAUGCCGAUAAAUCUAAAUGUUUAAAGUUAAACCUCAGGGGCUCUGAUAAUGUGAAUGAGGGUAAAGGCCCAGCUGCAAGCCCUGAAACUCCACACUGCAAAAAACACAGUCGUCCCUGUGAACUGAGAGUAGUCAGAAAAGAGGGUGACAAUAAAGGGAGGCAAUUCUACACUUGCUCCCUGCCACGGGAUCAUCAGUGCGACUAUUUUCAGUGGGCUGAUUUACAUUUUCCGAUCUGCAAUCAUGGAACGCGAUGUAUCAUGAGGACCGUGCUGAAACUCGGUCCCAAUAACGGACGCAACUUUUACGUUUGCUCGCGAGGAAUGAACAAACAGUGUGAUUUCUUUCUGUGGGCAGAGAAUGGACCUGGAUUUAAGAUCCCUGCCGGCUGCUGAAACAACUGCUGAGGUAAAGAGAAUUAAAGAAUUGAUUCACUGACACGAGCACUGCUGGACCAGUGAUACAUCAGUGAUAGCUUUGGAUGUAUAUAUAUAUAUAUAUAUAUUAAAACAUCUCCUGUAUUAAGAUUAUGUUUUCCCCCAAACCUGCAGAUUGAAUUACAACAUUGGGACUCCUUGCUUGGUAACCACAACUAAUCCAUACUAUUAGACGCAAUGUGCUAGAGUAACUCAGCGGGUCAAGCAGCAGCUCUGAAGAACAUGGAUAGGUGACAUUUCGGGGUCUGAAGAAGGGUACCGACCCAAAACGUCACCUGUCCAUGUUUUCCGGGAAUGCUGCCUGACCCGCUGAGUUACUCCAGCACUUUGUGUCUUCCCUGAGUUACUUCAGCACGUUGUCUUUUUUUUUUUGCAUCUGCAAUUCCUUUUUUCUUUAUCCCACAGCAGACACUGAUACAACAAUUUAGUUUUAGUUACAGUCUGCCUGAUGGUUGGAAGGCAAAAUGUGAAACUGAAGUGCGGAUGAGUGAAAUACCUGAUAAAAAGUUUACUUGUCGUUUUUCUGUUAAGUUGCUGAAUGCAAGAUUCAACCUAAAAGAUGGUGAUGGUAAAUUGAAUCAGUAGAAAUUGGCAUCACAACGCCCGUUGCAAGAGCCUUAAGCUGCAUUCAAAGUUGACAGUUGCUAUCGGUGACUCUGUUCAAAGCAGUUGGACCAUAUGUAUUUGUGCCAAAUGUUUUAUUAAAUCGCGCUUGUAUUGUUUUAUGAAAAGUCUUUAUUCAAUAUAUUAUGAAUUCCUCAAAGCUAUUAUUAUAAGCUUUUCUAUCACUGUUACAUUAUGUAUUUCGAAAUCUAUUGUUUAUAGUUUUGUCACUUUUUUCUUUGUCUAUUGCAAGUAACUAUCAAUAAAUUGGGAAACUAUUUGUUUUAA